GUCAUCGUCUUCCUCUCUUUAGCGAAUCAAACAGUUCCUCCUUGAGCAGCGAUGGCGGGAUUUCCACCACCAAUUUUUACGCCGCAGGUCGAUGUGAAGACCAAAAUUGGCGAGAAAGUGGAUUACUCAAACCUCCCUUGCCCCCUCAUCUAUGAGGAACUCCACCGUGAAGCUUACAUGUCUUUAAAGCCAGAACUAUUCGAGGGUUUCCGCUUCGAUUAUAACAAGAUGGUGAACGAGAAGUUUUUUGUCACCCAUAGCGUAUUGAUGGGACCGACUGAGGUUCCUACUCAACAUUCCGAAGUAAUCAAAAUUCCAACUGCCAGUUAUGACUUUGGUGCUAUUUUCGUUGACCCCAAGCUGAUGCUUCUGGGAAGGGUCACGACGGAUGGUAGACUUAAUGCGAGAGGCAAGUGUGAUUUAACUGAGAAUUUUUCCAUCAAGGGUACUGCUCAGCUGACUAAUGAAGAACAUAUGUCGCAAGGCCAACUAACUUUUGAUUACAAGGGGUCAGACUACAGAACUCAGCUUCAGGUUGGAAACGGUUCAAUUUAUGGAGCUAACUACAUUCAGCAUGUGACACCACACCUAUCUUUGGGUGGUGAAGUUUUCUGGAUUGGUCAGAAUAGGAAGUCGGGUGUUGGUUAUACAGCUCGUUACGAGACUGAUAAAAUGUGUCAUCAGGUUGCGUCUGGGCAAGUUUCUUCCAAUGGUUUGGCUGUCAUGAACUAUGUUCAAAAGGUUACAGAGAAGCUGUCACUUGCAACGGAUUUCAUUUACAACUAUAUCUCAAAAGAUGUAACAGCUAGUGUGGGGUAUGACCGCAUGUUUAAACAGAGUCGAUUAAGAGGAAAGAUCGAUUCUAACGGUGUUGUUGCUGCUUACCUUGAAGAACAAUUGUCUGCUGGACUCAGAUUACUUCUAUCCGCAGAGGUGGAUCAUGUGAAGAAGGAUUACAAGUUUGGUUUCGGUGUUAACGUUUCUUAAUUCCGUAAAAACAAAGACCUUGGCAAUAAGUCCUGAAGAUUCUCUCGGUUAUUAUUCUUUGGCGGUUAGAUUCUCUCGGUUAGAUUAUUUAGUGUAGUACUCCCCAAAGAACAUAAGCUAAGAAGAUGACAUUGGUUAUUUAAUUUCUUCUUUUCUUUUUUCAACUAUUAUCAUCCUUUAACUCAUUAACUUCACUUAAUAGUUUUAACGUUUUUAGCUUUUUCCCC